ACAGUUCAUAACCCACUCCAUGCAAUCGAAUACCGUUCAUGCAAUGAACCUAAACGUUUCGCUUCACAGAAAGGCAACACAGUGUUUAUACCCAAACAACCUAGUCAAGGUCGUUCCAUAAUUUUAUUUAUUCCCAACAUCUGUGUUAUAUUUUUAUGCAGAUGAGGAGUUUUUCGGACGAGUAGUUCGACUAGUGACUGUGAUUUGUGUUUAAAAUGCACAUUUUUAGUGAUAUUUGCAGAUUUAUAAACAGAUUUUUGAUGUGAUGGAAAGUUGGACGAUGUCUUGCCGCUCUCCCCUCUUUACUGACCUGUCUACCCAACUAUGCUCAUAGAAAAUCAUACUUAGCAUGCGCAAGAAUGGUGCCACAUGGAUUUUUAAAUUUCUUAUUUUGCCUGUCGAUUGUUCUAACACUAACUUUAUCAGCGGAGCAUGAUUUUCGAUAUAUUUCGUUUCAAGAUCUUCAACAAUCUUUAAACAAAUUUUCACAAGAUGAGGUUGUCUCCUACUCCCAAAUGCUUUUCGAUGUAGCUAGGAAUCAAGUUUUAGUCGGCGCAAGAGACGUCUUAUUUCGGUUAUCCUUGACAAAACUGGAGCUGCUGGAGUCGGCCGAAUGGCCAGCCUCCAGAGACAAACGAAUCGAAUGCAUCAAUAAAGGCCAAUCCGACGAGUUUUGCCACAACUACAUCAAAAUUUUGCUAACAAAUGGUAAAAACCUAUUUGUCUGCGGCACAAACGCCUUCUCCCCCCAGUGUUCCACCAGAAAAAUCGAAAAUGUGUCAGACGUUACUGAAUGGGUUGAUGGUUUGGCGAAAUGUCCUUACAAUCCUGUCGCCAACAUCACUGGUUUUAUGUCAGAACAAGGGGAGUAUUAUUUUGGCGGACCGACAGAUUUCUCCAGUUCCGAUUUCGUCUUCUCCAAAAAUGUUGGCUCUGUUACGAUCAGGACGAAACAAUACAAUAGUUUUUUGUUGAAUGAUCCACAGUUUGUGGGCACUUUUGAGACUGAAAAUUUUGUGUACUUCUUGUUCAGAGAGACAGCUGUGGAGUACAUGAAUUGUGGCAAGACUAUUUAUUCUAGAAUAGCCCGUGUUUGUAAAAAUGAUCCAGGGGGGCACACCAUGUUGAAGGAUAAUUGGACGACGUUUCUAAAAGCACGUUUAAAUUGUUCGGUUAGUGGGGAAUAUCCGUUUUAUUUCGAUGAAAUUCAAAGCAUGUCUUAUGUACCUGAUGAAAACAUCGUCUAUGCUACAUUUACAACACCGAGUAAUAGUAUAGCAGGCUCAGCAAUUUGCGCUUUUAAUUUAUCGUCGAUUGAAGCCGCGUUUGCGGGCCCUUUCAAGUAUAGAGAAAACAUGGACAGCGCAUGGGGGAAAUACAACGUACAUCAUCGAGAUCACUUCAACUGUAAAUCAUCUCCUCGAAGUAGCCACCUUUUAGAAACCUCUAAAUACCAACUAAUGGACAGCGCUGUUCAAGCAACCACUCUCAACCCAUUACACGUUGCACAGUUAGAAAGAUUCACACAUAUAACAGUCGAUGUUUUAUCGACAAAAAUCCACACUUCCGUUCACGUGAUUUACGUUGCGACAACUGAGGGAGUGAUUAAAAAGAUUUCGGUCUUGCCUCGAACCCAGGAAACUUGCGUCGUGGAGAUUUGGCAAACAGUCCAAGACGCCGCAAUUCCCAUCAAAAGUAUCCAAUUUUUAAAAGCCACUAAAUCCAUAUACGUCGCUACCGACCAAAACGUUAUGAAAAUCCCCUCCGAUCAUUGCAUGCGCCACACUUCAAAAAACAGUUGUUUGAAUGCAAUGGACCCCUAUUGCGGUUGGAACGAACGGUACGAAAACUGUUCCACAGCCCCGAAUUCGGACCCUCUGGACAAAUACUGGAAACAAGCAGUGACCACGUGUCCGAUUCUGGACACCGUGAUCGACGGGGGAUGGUCCUCAUGGUCCAAUUGGGCUCCUUGCGUCCAACGAAACACUCUCGAUUCAGAAUCUGACAAUUGUUUGUGUCAAGUAAGGGAGUGUAAUAACCCGGCCCCGAAAAAUGGAGGCCUGCCCUGUAGUGGGCCUGCGAUUGCGGUGACGAAUUGUACAGUGCAUGGGGGGUGGUCAGUGUGGUCCGCGUGGUCGGCCUGUUCUGCCACCUGUGGCACCGCUGUGAAAACCCGGAGCCGGACCUGUACAAAUCCGGCACCGGCUCAUGGGGGACGAGUGUGUGUGGGACAGGACCGAACUGAGGCAUUUUGUGACGCUGAGAUACCCCCAUGCCCGGCGCUUCCCCAAGAUGGGGGUUGGAGUGACUGGAGCGAUUGGAGUGACUGUUCCCCAAGUCAUUGCUCCGGCUGUAAGAAAAGAACAAGGAUUUGUAAUAAUCCACAUCCUGAAAAUGGGGGACAUUUCUGUGUCGGAAAUGACGAAGAGUUCAAAUUCGAUUAUUACGAACACAGGAAAAUUGUCAAUACACCUUGGAUCAGUCUUACCAACAGCACCGGUGAUUACAAGAAACGCUUCAGGUGCUCGUGUAAGGCUCCAGUGAAAUCAUCUCUUAUUAAGGUCGCAAUGAAGGAGGAAGUUUGUAAUAAUGAAAACUGUUUUAUGAAAGACACUGAACAUCCUAAGUGGAGUGUGUGGGGGGCAUGGGGGGAGUGUUCGGUUCAGUGUGGGGGCGGCUUACAAAAUAGAACGAGAUAUUGUGAAGGGAUCGGUUGCACAGGACCAUCUGUGCAAACUAGGGAGUGUAAUAAACAUCACUGUCGAGAGUGGGGUUGCUGGUCGGAAUGGUCACCCUGCAAUGCUUCCUGUGGUUGGGGGGUCAGAACGAGGCAUCGUGUUUGUUUAGGAUCGAACUGUUCGGGCCAUGAUUGGGAAAAAGAGCCCUGUCAGAAUGAACCGUGCGAAUCAAUUCUUGGGUGGAGCAAUUGGACUUCGUGGUCUGUUUGCGAUAAGAACAAUGAACAACACCGACAACGUCAGUGUCGGACCUUAAAUGCCGGACCGAAUAUCUGUCAAGGGAACAGCGUUGAAACAAGAAUGUGUAUUCCAGAACAAUUGAAUGAUAUAACAAGAAUGGCUAGUGAGUCUCCACAGCUGGCAUCCCCUGGGGGCGCAGUUCUCUUCUUAUUCCUCGGUAUAGUCAUCGGUCUUGUGUCUGGAGUUGGAGGGACGCACUACUAUCACAAAAAGAGGAAGAUCAAAAUUCCCAGUUCGCCACAUUACAUGAGUCCUAAACAAAAUCCCUACAUUACAAUGCCUCUUCAAGAGAGGUCUAAGAAACACAGUGCUUCAACAUCAAACAAUCUUUUAAAUAACGGGACACUUAAAUCAAAAUAUAGUAGUGAUUAUGAAAGUGCAACGCUUAAAAGAAACAGUCACACGUUAAAUAACGGACAUGUAAAGCAGGACUUACUCGAUGAUGAUAAGUACUAUUAUGACUGAGUUGUUUGUUGAUAAAUGUGAUAUAAAUUUUAUAAGGAAUGUACCUGUUAUUAAUUUUAAUAAUAAGUUGAUUUUAAGUUAACAUUGAAACUGAAUCAGCGCCAUAAACGAUUUGUAAAAUAUUAACAAAAAGCUGUAUAUAUCUUGUAUCACUCAUAUUGAGUUAGUAGUAGUUAAAUAAAGUUUUUAUAAGGA